UAAUUGUUGUUGAACGCGAGUGAUUGAAAAAACAGAAAACAAAAACAAAACAAAUUCGCGCCGGUCGUUUUUAAAAUAUAAUAAACAUAAACAAACAAUUGACUUUGUGCCAGUGCUGUGAUCCACUUGUGUUUGUGUCAUCGGUGGAAUUGUCUGCAUCAUCGCUGGAGGACACCCUGCACCUGCAGAAAACACACAGAGGAAAGUGGCUGGGAUCAUUAAAGAUCGCCAAUUCCAGGUUUGUUGGUCGAAGAGGAUGCCCGAGCCGAGUCCAUUGCGACAACGCGACGGCGGAUGCGAAUUUGCGUUCAUACCGCCGAGGGCUCCUCACUUCGGAGGACUAUGGGAGACAGGUGUGAAGUCUGCAAAGCACCUACUCCUAAGGACGGUGGGCAACGCCCUGCUCACGGCCGAGGAGCUGCGGACAGUGGUCGUGGCGGUCGAGGCGGUGCUCAACUCCCGCCCGCUAGGAGCCGUAAGCAACGACCCCAACGACGGCGAGGCACUAACCCCAGGGCAUCUACUGGUGGGCGGUCCACUGGUGGCACCGGCAGCAUCGCGGACCCCGGACCAGGAGGGUCUGAGUUGCUUAAGGCGAUGGCGAGCUGUCUCGUCGCUCAAGCGAGCGUUCUGGCAGCGAUGGUCCCGGGAGUAUGUGCUGGGCCUGCAGGCACGGGCCAAGUGGGACCGGUUGCAGCCAAAUCUGCGAAUCGGAGAGCUCGUCGUCGUCGCAGAGGACAAUCAGCCGCCGAUGCAGUGGAUGGUGGGGCGAAUCGUGGCGGUAUACCCGGGAGCGGACGGGGCGGUGCGCGUCGCAGACGUGCGAACCAGCACAGGAGGGCUGUUUAAACGGCCAAUACACAAAUUGGCGCCUCUGCCAAUCGUAUGAAGGCACAGCCGUUCAUCGGGGCCGGUGUUGGCGCAUUUGAUAGUUAUUAGUUAAGAGCAUGA